AUGUCUGUUGUAGACCGGAAAAUUAACAUUGAGCUUGUAGAGGAUAUUCAGCCUCCCCAGACACAGAAAGAUGAUAUUCUGGUUGACGCUGCAGGAAGUAUCCAGCGACUGCCCGUGCCCAGCAAUGAUUCUAACGAUCCUCUGAAUUUCACAAUUUGGGAGAAGGCCGGUGUGAUUGUCAGCUGCUGCUGGUUUUCGAUCAUGUCCCUCUCUGUGGUUGGUGGUCUGGGGGCCAUUCUUGGUGCCUUCAUAGAGAUGUACGGCGCUGAGGGCGUUAGCACAACUCACACAGUCUGGCUGAGCACGUUCCCUUCAUUAUUUGUCGGCGUUGGGAACUAUUUAAUCCUUCCUUUGGGUCUCAUCUAUGGUCGCAGGUUUGCGGCAAUCUUGUCAAUUCUUGUCAAUUUCGCUGCAACUAUUGGGUGCGCAGUAUCCCAGAACUUCCAACAACAUUUCUCUCUGCGUAUCAUACAAGGAUUGGCGACAGGGGCCACCGAGUCCCUUCUUCCAUUAAUGCUCUCCGAAGUGACGUUUAUCCAUCAACGAGGAUUGGUCUUCGGUCUAUACUGGACAACUCAGAACGUUGUAACCAGCUGCUUGAACCUCGCUAGCUCAUAUGAGGUUGUGGCCCUUGGAUGGCGAUGGUUCUACUGGGUAUAUGUUAUUGCGAUCGGCGUUGGCCUCGUCUUGGUUGUGUUUGGUUGUUUUGAAACCAAAUAUCAGCGUCGUACACAAUUUCUUGAUGGACAGGUCGUCGUGACAGAUCAAUUUGGUAUAACGCAGGUUUUCACUGCGGCGGAGGCCCAAGGCUAUCUGCAAUCACUAGAUGCGGACGAUGACAUGAAUAUCCCGGACGAGGCACGACCUAAGAAGUCAUACCCUCAGAUGCUGAAGCUGUGGCAGGCGCCUGCGAAGAAUCCCGUUCGAACAGUUCUCAUGACCUGGCUCCAUAUGUUUGAGGCAUUUACUUCCCCGGGUAUUUUAUACGCUACACUGUUGGCAUCGGUGGUUCUGGGUUGCUCUAUAGGAAUGUCGCUAACGUAUGAUACUGUGCUCCAAAGCUACGGCUGGCCUGCCAAAAAUGUGGGCUUGAUCAAUCUAGGAGGAGUAUUUGGUGGCUUUGGAGGCAUGUUAUAUGCCGGUAUAUUUGGUGACUGGUAUGUUUUGCACAUGGCCAAGCGCUCUGGUGGUGUCCAUACUCCAGAGCACCGACUGAUUCUAUUGAUCAUCCCUGGAAUCCUCAUCGUCAUCUCCCUUCUCCUUUAUGGCUUCACUGCAGGUGGUGGCUGUACUUGGGGUGGGCCUUUCAUGGGUUGGACCAUUCUUCAAGUUGCUUUUGUUUCGGUCUUGAUUCUUUCUACAUCCUUUGCGGCUGAGGCAUGGGAGAAGAAUCCUGGACCUGCCCUUGUAGCUGUUGUUGGCACCAAGAAUAUCAUCGCCUUUGGCAUCAGCUAUGGGCUAAUUCCAAUGGUUGCAAAGUACAGCUACCCGACUGCUAUGGGUAUUCUCACUGCUGUCACAGCUGGUGUUUUUCUCCUGGGAGUUCCUGUGUACCUUUUCAAUCCUGCCUGGCGUCGGUACAUACAGAGGCGAGAAUCCUCGAAGCCAACACUAUGA